GCAAUCCAAACAAAACCGUUUAGUACAAUAUCUUCUCUUUUUAACCUCUGCAAGAAACCACGUCAUCUUCAACAAAUCCAUGCGAGAUUCAUCCUCCAUGGUCUCCACCAGAACCAAACUCUCUCCUCCAAGCUCAUUGAUUCAUAUGCCAACCUUGGCCUACUAAAUCUCGCCCAAAAGCUCUUUGAUUCUAUAGCCAACCCAAGUUUGCUACUUUACAACACGAAUAUAAGGAGUUUGGUAAACUCUGGAGAACAUAAGGGAGCCCUCUUUCUGUACCGGGAAAUGGUAAUGCAGGGCAUGUACCCAGAUGAAGAGACUUACCCUUUUAUUUUGAGGGCAUGUUCUUGUUUGUUGGAUACUGAAUAUGGGAAAAGGGUUCAUGGCUGCUUGGUGAAAUUGGGUUUUGAUUCGUUUGGUAUUAUAGGUGAUGCUCUCGUGGAAUUGUAUUGGGGAUGUGGUGAAUUUGAGAAUGAGUAUCAGGUGUUUGAUAAAAAGUCUGUUAAGGAUUCAAAUCAUUGGGACAUGUCGAUUUUUGGGAGUUUCCAGAGUGGACAUGCUAAGGGGAGUUUUCCUGGUUUUGGGGAAAAGAGAAUGGAGAAUUUUGACCCUAAUGCAGGCACUAUAAUCAGCUUGUUGAGGUCAAGUGUUGAUUUGGGUUCAUUAGAUACAGGAAGAGCUCUUCAUUGUGUCGUUCUUGUGAGUAAUUUGGGACAAGAUUUAUCUGUGAAUACUGCUUUAUUGUCAAUGUAUUCAAAACUGGGUAGUUUAGGGUGUGCAAGUCUGCUAUUUGAGAAAAUGCCAGAGAAGGAUUGUGUUGUGUGGAAUAUAAUGAUAUCUGCAUACUCUCAAUAUAGAAAACCCAAGGAAUCCCUCGAACAAUUAAGGUGUAUGGCAAUAUCUGGUGUCAGAGCUGAUUUAUUUACUGCAAUUCCUGCCAUUUCCUCGAUUAGGCAGUUGAAAUUCAUUGAGUGGGGAAAAGAAAUACAUGCCCAGGUAAUCAGAAAUGCGUUGGAUUCUCAGGUUUCUGUUCAUAAUUCUCUUAUUGACAUGUAUCGUGAAUGUGAUUGCUUAAAUUAUGCACAAAAGAUUUUUGACUCUAUAACUGAGAAGACUGGAGUUUCAUGGAGUUCAAUGAUCAAAGGGUAUGUAACUCAUGGUCAGAAUCUUGAUGCUUUGUCUCUUUUCUCUGAGAUGAAGUUGGAAGGAAUUGAGAUUGAUUUUGUCACAGUUAUCAACAUCUUGCCUGCCUGUGUGAAUCUAGGAGCAUUAGAACAAGUUAAAUACCUGCAUGGAUACUCAAUGAAGUUUGGUCUGAAUUCACUAUCAUCUGUUAAUUCAGCAUUUCUUGUUAGUUACGCAAAAUGUGGAUGCAUAGAGAUGGCCAGGAAGCUUUUCAAUGAAGAGGAAAUUGAUGGUAAAGAUGUAAUAACAUGGAACUCCAUGAUCAGUGCAUAUGCUAAACAUGGGGACUGGUCUCAGUGCUUCGAGUUGUACAACCAGAUGAAGCAAUCAAAUCUGAAACUGGAUCCAGUAACCUUUCUUGCAUUACUAACAGCUUGUGUGAAUUCAGGUCUCGUUAAAGAGGGUAGGGAGUUUUUCAAGGAGAUGCAGGAAACGUAUGGUUUCCAACCCAGCCAAGAACACUAUGCCUGCAUGGUGGAUUUAUUUGGACGUGCUGGGCAUAUCAAUGAGGCAAGAGAACUUGUAAAUGAUAUGCCCAUCAAACCAGAUGCUAGAGUAUGGGGUCCCUUGUUGAGUGCCUGCAAGAUGCAUUCUGAGACCAAACUUGCAGAGUUUGCUGCUGAGCAACUUAUAACUAUGGAACCAGGAAAUGCUGGGAAUUAUGUUCUGCUCGCAAACAUAUAUGCAGCAACAGGGAAAUGGGAUAAAUUUGCUAAGAUGAGGAGAGUUCUUAGAGAGAGGGGUUUAAAGAAAACCCCUGGCCUUAGCUGGCUAGAGAUAGAUGGAUGUGUUUAUGAGUUCCGGGUAGCUGAUAGGUCUCAUCCAAAAGCAAAUGCCAUAUAUGCUUUAUUAGGAAUCCUGGAAUCUGAAAUCAAGGAGGAUCAAUGUUUUCAUGCAAAAGAAGUUUCUUAAAGGUUAAUCUUUGCUGGGCUGAGCGAAAUUAACGAAGGACUUUUGUUGGCCAACAAGAACUGUAGGUAAGUGAUGGUGGAAAUGAAUUCACUAGCGGAACUCAAACUGUUGCAAAAGCAUUCACACAACGCCUGCGUCAGAAUUACCCUAUGGUUGUUGUAACGUGAUGCGCUGGUUGUACUGAAACAGACUAAAGUUUUCCAGGUUUUCAAUUGAGAAGGUGUUUGUCAGAUGGUUUCAAUGUUAAAGAUAACGAAGGACCCUGUCAACAUGGAAAUAGUUUCGAUCUUGAAGCCAGUGAGGGAUUCUGCCAACAACUUGGAAUUGAAUCUUUCUUGUACCAUGGAUUAAGGUUUGAGGGAUCAAAAAAGACCAUUUAAAUGCUUUAUUGGUCUAAACCUCUUUUCCGCCGUUUUGGUAUGUUAACCAUGUAACAAUAUCGGCAAAUAACAAACAGUUCAACCCAAGUUUAUUUUAGUCCAGGUCGAGCUCAUAUAACUUUUUCAAGAGCUUGUGAGACAGCUGAUUUACAGUUGAACACUUCUGCAUUGCUCUGGCAGAGAUCUCGCCACGCAUUUCUUGUAGACAUACCAGGAACAAACCAGUAACCUGAUUCUGAAUUACCAUAUAUUCUCCUAGCAGAAUUAUUUGAACAAAUAAUACUUGUUGCA